GUGUUUCAGCUGUGAAUCAUGGGCGAGAUAUUGCUUCCCCAAUUCCCCUUGGUCAUCUCUGAAAUUUCAAGAAAUGUUAUAUUCUGAAAAUAAGAUGCUGUGCGUUGAGGUAAAUCACCUAAUAAUAAUAUGUUACUCUUCUGCUUCUUACAAGACUAUUUUCAACAAGGACAAAAACAUUAGAUAGAUAGAUGAUGAUUGUCUGUAAAGAAAUACAGAAACAAACUUUAAAAAAAACAGACAGAGAAAAUUAUUUAUACAAAAAAUGUAGAAAUCAAGUGAAAAAAAUUUGUCAACUGAAAAAAACUAUUCGGAAGAUGAGAAAAGGAGAUGCCCUCAACAUUUUAGAAAACAAUAAGUCUGUAGCAAAACUAAUGCAGAGGCUGACGCCGUCUUUUGCGCUGAUGCUACAGGCUCAAUUGAAAAAUGAUGGAAAGAAAUUUAAAGGCAGAAGGUGGACAUUCGAUGAAAAAGUAGUCGCAUUGAGGUUAUUUAAAAGGUCCCCAACGUGCUACCGAUUAUUAAGAAGGAUGUGGUGCCUUCCAUCACCUAGCACAUUAAAUAAUUUAUUGAGGUUAUUUUCAUUAAACGUGGGUAUCAAUGAUAAUAUCUUUAAUAGCCUAAGAGAAAAAGUAAAAAAACAACUGCCCUCAAAUAAUGAAUACAUAUUGAUAUUUGAUGAAAUGUCUAUUAGAGAACAUCUUCAAUAUAAUAAUAAAGAAGAUAUGGUGGAAGGCUACCAAGACCAUGGUGUCCAUGGUCGAACAAACCAGGUAGCUACACAUGCACUUGUGUUCAUGGUAAAGUCAAUCAGAGAACAAACAAAACAGCCCAUUGCCUAUUAUUUAUCCAGCUCCUAUGUUACUGCGGAUAGACUGAAAGUCAUAAUAAAAGAGGUAUGUACCUAAAGAAAUUAUUUCUUUAUGUUAUGACACUAGCAGUGUACCGUGGUUCCACCCGUGUAAAUCCCAAUUUCGUGGAAUAAAAAAUAGGUUUUUUACUUAAUACUUACCAAGUUUUAAUGAAAUCGGGCUAUUUGUUUGGGAGAUUGCCUGGUACAAACAUCCAUUCCAACUUACAAACACUUCUUUAUAACAUUAUUUGGUAUACUUAGAUUGACUUAGAACUUUACUUAAAACCAAAUAUGUAGAAGCAAAAUUAUUUACUUUUCUGGUAACUGGAGCAUGUCUCAAAAUAGGACUAAAUAUAUUGCUGCAACAAUAUGUGACAUGAACGGUGUCAAUAGAAGAGUUUUGACCUUAUUGGGAGCCACUGAAGAAUCUCCAUUCUUCGGUAUAAAUGGGACGGAGGUGGUUGCGCUCUUUGAUGCGCCACAUUUAUUAAAAUGUUUUAGGAAUAUAUUUUUAAAGUAUAAUAUUAAAUUUUCUACAAAUAUAAGAUCAAAUGAAUCAAAAGGUCAAGGUAUAGCUAAAUGGAGUCACAUUCAAGAAUUUUACGAAUUAGAUCAUAAAAAUGAAAUUUUUCGUUUUCGCACCUAAGCUCCACAGGGAGCAUCUAAACCCAAACGCAAAACAAAAGAUGCGCGUAAAUUUGGCUGCACAGGUGUUUAGCCACUCAGUUUCUGCAGGCUUAUAUUCAAAAAUAUCUGACGGUACAGUAUUUAUAUCUUGUCUGCUAUCAAUAAUUAUUAUUGUUUUCUUUAUUUCUUCAAGUAUUUAUUGUAUUUUUGUAUUUUAUUAAGUAGUAGAGCCAUGCUGCAGCUAUAUUAGUAGUAUAGUUGUAGCACGAAUAGGUCGGCUCGACCGGGAAAGGACCACGCUCUCACAGAAUAUGAGCGUCAAAUAGCAGCUUCAUGCUGCUGUGUUUCGUAUGGUGACUGUAGAGAACCGGAGACCCUUUUUACUGGAAAAGAGGCAUCUUAGUCCACACGGGUGAUUCGCAAACGAGAAUAAAUGUAGAUGUCUAUGGGCCACAGCAACCACUUCCAUCAGGUGGACUGUGUGCUCGUUUGUCACCCUAUCCUAUAAAAAAAAAGAUGUAGUUGUGUUUUCUUUUUUCAGGGGUUCUCACUACUGAAGCUCUUGCAACAGCCGAGUUAGUUUCAAAAAUGGACAAACUGUUUGACCUACUGAAUAGCAGUACAUCUAAUUUAAAAAAUGGUAAACCACAUGCCACAAACAUAUCGAAAACAUCUCCACAUUGGGAAUUUUUCAAUGAAAUGAGAGGAUUCUUCAAAAGUUUAAUAUUAAUAGGAUGCCAGAGAGCACCACCUUCUAUAAUGGGUUGGUUAUGGACUAUGAAUGGUGUAAAACAUUUAUAUACCAAUUUAACAAAAAAACACAAAAACAUUCGUUCUAUUUCAACCAGGGCUCUUCAACAAGACCCUCUAGAAAAUUUAUUUGGGGCUAUAAGAUCGAACUGCGGUUCUAACGUCAACCCAACAGUGCGCCAAUUUGUGGCUGCUUUGAAAAGUACAAUUUUUUCAAAAUUAAAUAGCUCAACGAAAGGAAAUUGUGAAGAAGAUAACAAUAAAGCAAUUGU